AUGCCUAGCGUGAACCCGCCCUACCCAUCCUUGGCCCUUGUCAUGUCCAGCAACACGGGCAAUUCAGCAGAUACGUCGCGUCUACCCGCGUAUCGUGCCUCACACUUCGAAAGGUACCACCCAGAUUCUCGUGCGCACCCUUCACACCACGGAAACCAUAUGACAACUGUCGACUAUCGGUACCGCGACCCGCCGAUUUUCCAGCCCCAGCGGCGCUCAAGUUUCGCUCUGCCGGCGAUCAUCAUCGAGGAUUGUGACAUCAAAAUAGAAGCAGAGUCAAACGACGCAGAAGAAGUUGUCGACCGCCGCAACAGGAUUAAUCUGAAAACCUUGAGCGAUUAUGUCUUCGCGUUCGCCGUGGCCGUGCAGCGUAAAUGUCGCCGCGCGAUUGCCGUGAAGAGGAUGGAAGACGAACUGCAGUUCGAUUUCCUUAACUGA